AUGGGGCUGCUGCUUGUGAUCCUGGCGUCGGCCGUGCUGGGCUCCUUUCUCACGCUGCUCACCCAGUUCCUGCUGCGUUACCGCAAACAGCCCGAGCCGCCGCCGGACGAGGCCGCCCGCGCGGCCGACGGCUUCCGCUACAUCAAGCCGGUGCCGGACCUGGCCCUGAGAGAGUACCUUUAUGGCGGCGGCGGGGCUGAGGAGCCCUCCGGCGGGCCACCCGAGGGCGGCACGACUCCGGCCCCCGAGACCCCCGCCCCGCCGACGCGGGAGACCUGCUACUUCCUAAACGCCACCAUCCUGUUCCUGUUCCGGGAGCUGCGGGACACCGCGCUGGCCCGCCGCUGGGUCACCAAGAAGAUCAAGGUGGAGUUCGAGGAGCUGCUUCAGACCAAGACGGCCGGGCGCCUGCUGGAGGGGCUGAGCCUGCGGGACGUGUUCCUGGGCGAGACCGUGCCGUUCAUCAAGACCAUCCGGCUCCUCCGGCCCGUGGUGCCCUCGGCCACCGGGGAGCCCGACGUUCCUGAGGGGGAGGCGCUGCCCGCCACCUCCCCCGAGGAGCUGGCCUUCGAGGCGGAGGUGGAGUACAGCGGGGGCUUCCACCUGGCCAUCGACGUGGACUUGGUCUUCGGCAAGUCCGCCUACCUGUUCGUCAAGCUGUCCCGGGUGGUGGGGAGGCUGCGCUUCGUCCUCACCCGCGUGCCCUUCACCCACUGGUUCUUCUCCUUCGUGGAGGACCCGCUGAUCGACUUCGAGGUGCGCUCCCAGUUCGAAGGGCGGCCCAUGCCCCAGCUGACCUCCAUCAUCGUCAACCAGCUCAAGAAAGUCAUCAAGCGCAAGCACACUCUCCCGAGUUACAAGAUCAGGUUUAAGCCGUUUUUCCCAUUCCAAACCUUGCAAGGAUUCGAAGAAGAUGAUGAAGAGCAUAUCCAUAUACAACAAUGGGCACUUACUGAAGGCCGCCUUAAAGUUACAUUGUUAGAAUGUAGCAGGUUACUUAUUUUUGGAUCCUAUGACAGAGAGGCAAAUAUUCAUUGCACACUUGAGCUGAGCAGUGGCGUUUGGGAAGAAAAACAAAGGAGUUCUAUUAAGACGGUUGAAUUAAUAAAGGGGAAUUUACAAAGUGUCGGACUUACACUUCGUCUUGUCCAGUCAACUGAUGGGUAUGCUGGGCACGUCAUAAUUGAGACCGUGGCCCCAAACUCGCCUGCUGCAAUUGCUGAUCUUCAGCGGGGAGAUCGACUGAUUGCUAUUGGAGGUGUGAAGAUCACAUCUACACUGCAAGUGUUGAAGCUUAUCAAGCAGGCUGGUGACCGAGUCCUGGUAUAUUAUGAAAGGCCUGUUGGCCAGAGUAACCAGGGUGCGGUGCUGCAAGAUAACUUUGGACAGCUGGAAGACAACUUUCUGUCAGGCCCAUGCCAACCAAACUAUGAAGAGGAAACAAGUGGGUUGGCAGUAGAUGCUGAAAACAGAGACCUGGAUUCUGAAUUUGAAGACUUAGCAAGUGAUGUGAGAGCACAAACUGAGGUCAAAGAUGAGGCACAGUCAUUAAGUCACAGUCCCAAACGUACUCCAACAACACUUUCUGUUAAACCCCUUGGAACUAUAUCACCAGUUUUAAACCGUAAAUUAGUUGUAGGAAGUUACCCACCACCCCCAAAACUUCCAUCCAAAGAAGGAAAUAAGCCCUUGGACCUAAAAUCUUCUGAGAUAACAGAACCAGCACAAGUGUCAAAACCCACCCAAGGAUCCACUUUCAAACCACCUGUGCCACCACGACCACAAGUCAAAGUUCCUUUACCUUCUGCUGAUGCCCCAAAUCAGGCAGAACCAGAUAUUCUCGUUGAAAAGCCAGAGAAGGUGCUGCCAGCGCCUGCUGCAGAUAAACCUGCUGAAAAGCAAGCGAAAAAUCCGGAUCACGUAGAAGAAGCAGCUGCAGCUAAGCAGUUUUUAGCAAAGCAAGAAGUGGCAAGAGAUUUGACUUCAGAAAGUUCCUGCCCUCCUAAGGACAGUUCAGAUGACCAUCAAACGUGGGAAUCAUCAGAAAUUCUUUAUCGUGAUAAGCUCGGAAAAUGGACAAGAACCAGAGCCAGCUGUCUCUUUGACAUAGAAGCCUGCCACAGGUACUUAAACAUCGCACUGUGGUGCAGGGAUCCUUUCAAAUUAGGGGGUCUCAUCUGUUUGGGGCAUGUCAGCUUAAAACUUGAAGAGGUGGCUUUAGGAUGCUUAGCUACAUCGAACAUGGAAUACCUUUCCAAAUUCAGACUGGAAGCCCCAUCACCUAAGGCCAUGGUCACAAGAACCGCGCUACGUAAUCUGAGUAUGCAGAAGGGGUUCAAUGACAAAUUUUGUUUCGGUGAUAUUACUGUUCACUUCAAAUAUCUGAAAGAAGGAGAGCCAGACCACCAUGCAGUUACUAACUUAGAGAAAGAAAAAGAACUCCAUUUGGUCGAAGAGGUUUCUGCCCUACCUAAAGAGGAGCACUUUGUUGGACAGAUGGGUUUAACAGAAAAUAAACACAGUUUCCAGGAUACUCAGUUCCAGAACCCAACUUGGUGUGAUUACUGUAAGAAAAAAGUUUGGACUAAAGCUGCUUCCCAGUGUAUGUUCUGUGCUUAUGUUUGCCAUAAAAAAUGUCAGGAAAAGUGUCUAGCCGAGACUCCUCUUUGUGGAGCAACUGAUCAACGGAUAGACCGGGCCCUGAAAAAUCUCAGGCUGGAAGGACAAGAAACCCUCUUAGGCCUGCCCCCUCGUGUUGAUGCUGAAGCUGGGAAGUCAGUCAACAGAACAACAGGUUUGACAAGACAUAUUAUCAAUACGAGCUCUCGUUUGUUAAAUCUCCGUCAAGUCUCUAAAACUCGCCUUUCUGAGCCAGGAACUGAUCUAGUAGAACCUUCACCAAAACACACACCCAACACAUCAGACAACGAAGGCAGUGACACAGAGAUGUGUGGCCCAAACAGCCCUUCUAAACGGGGCAACAACACAGGAAUAAAAUUAGUGAGAAAGGAGGGUGGUCUGGAUGACAGCGUUUUCAUUGCAGUUAAAGAAAUUGGUCGUGAUCUGUACAGGGGGUUGCCUACAGAGGAGAGGAUCCAGAAACUAGAGUUCAUGCUAGAUAAGCUGCAGAAUGAAAUUGAUCAGGAGUUGGAACAUAAUAAUUCCCUUGUUAGAGAAGAAAAAGAGACAACAGAUACAAGGAAAAAAUCACUUCUUUCUGCUGCUUUGGCUAAAUCAGGUGAAAGACUGCAAGCUCUAACACUUCUUAUGAUCCACUACAGGGCAGGCAUUGAAGAUAUUGAAUCUUUAGAAAGUCUGUCCUUAGACCAGCACUCCAAAAAAAUAAGCAAGUACACAGAUGAUACGGAAGAAGACCUUGAUAGUGAAAUAACCCAACUAAUAGAUCAGCCAUUCAGUAGCAUAUCAGAUGACUUAUUUGGCCCAUCUGAGUCUGUGUAACAGUCUGUUUAAACUUUCAAGUGAUUGAGGAAAAGUUGCAUCUGAAGUACCACAGAUAUAACCACAUUUAAACCCUCUUAUUAUGCACUUUGGCCUGCUUCUUCACAGUUAUUUGCUUGUGUAAGAACUAGAGUGGAAAAGGUGGUUUUCCAGCAAAAACAUGACCAGCUCACUAAA